GCACCCGAGACGACGCAUCAGUCAAUUUGCCACAGCCCAGCACUUUAACUCCACGAUGCUCGCCCGCAUGGCCUCCAAGCGCGCCUUCACGGCCUCGGCCCGCCGCCUCGCUGGCGACCACCACCCGCACACGGUCUUUGACGACAAGACGUUCACGCGCUCGAACGUCGGUGGCUUUGUCUGGACGCUUGUUGUUGGCGGCACAGUCGCGACCCUCGGUAUUUGCCAGUUCCAGAACUACAAGGGCGGCUUCCCGCAGAAGAAAAUCAAGAUGCUCGCCCGUAUUGCCUCCAAGCGCGCCUUCACGGCCUCGGCCCGCCGUCUCGCUGGCGACCACCACCCGCACACGGUUUUCCACGACAAGUCGUUCACGCGCAAGAACGUCGGCGGCUUUGUCUGGACGCUCAUCCUUGGCGGUACGGUCGCGACCCUCGGUAUUUGCCAGUUCCAGAACUACAAGGGCGGCUUCCCGCAGCAAAAGUAA